AUGAUGUUCGUGCGAGAUCCCGAUGAUUUCGCGAGAAAGUGGAAAAAGUUCGCAACAGACCGACUGGACAAACUCGUGGUCAUUGCGGAUUUUGAUUACACCCUCACUCCUGCUUACAAACCCACGAAUGAUCAAGCCAUUAGUACACACGGCCUUUUGAUGCAGAGCGAGGCACUGGGUCCGCGAGCACAGGCUGUUGCGCGCGGCGUUUUCGAGAAAUAUUACCCCAUUGAACAGUGUGCAACAUUGACGCAAGAAGAAAAGCUUCCAUCCAUGAUCGAGUGGUGGACGAAAUCGCACGACCUCAUGAUCGAGCACGGUGUGUCGAAGAAGGCUGUACACCGAGCCGUGGAGGAGAGCGACAUCGUACUUCGCGAAGGCUUUAUGGAAAUAUUCGGGCUGCUGGCACGAGAGAAUGUGCCUACGCUCAUCUUUUCCGCAGGUCUGUACGACGUGAUCCACGCUGUGCUUGCCAAGGAGUAUGCUAAAACUUCGGAAAAGACUGUCCCAAAAAACGUGCAUGUUGUAUCGAACAUCAUGCGGUUUGACAACAACGGCAAGCUUAUGGGCUUUGAUGGAACGCUUAUUCACAGUCUAAACAAGAAUGCCACUGCGCUCGUGGAGACAGAGUUCUGGAAGCAGUGUCAGCUGGAGAAACGCCACAACAUCUUGCUCUUGGGUGAUUCGCUAGGCGACUGCAAUAUGGCCAACGGACUGGAUUUCAACGAGGACGAAAUUAUGCGCAUCGGCUUCUUGAACGACGGAGAUGACGCAAAACUAGCCCUCUAUCUGCAACAUUUCGAUGUCGUGCUCACGAAUGACUCAAGUUUGUUACCAGUCGAGCUCCUGCUGCACCAGAUCCAGCUUUGA